AUGUCGAUUUUUCUGGGUAUCUACAAGGCGGUUUUCCAGUACGAGCCUCAAUCGGAAGAGGAGUUGGCAAUCGAUGAAGACGACUUGUUGUAUCUUCUCCAAAAGUCCGAUGUUGAUGAUUGGUGGACCGUGAAAAAAAGAGUCAUUGGAUCAGAUGCUGAAGAACCGGUGGGGCUAGUGCCCAAUAAUUACAUUGAGGAGGCAACUGUCAAAACCACGGCCAAAGCACUGUAUGAUUAUCCAGAAGUGCAGAAUCCUGAAGAGGAGAUCGAGUUCAAUGAAAAUGAUGUCUUCGACGUUUACGACGAUAGAGAUCCGGACUGGGUUCUAUGUAAAUCUCAAAGAACAGGCGAAUACGGAUUCAUACCUGGAAACUACGUGGAAUUUGGGACCUCCGCCACAGCAGCAACAGCAGCUCCUGCAGCUCCUGCAGCUCCGCAAGUGUCGGAAGUUAAUGCUUCGAGCUUUCCUCCUCCUCCACAACAUAUUGGUAGAACGGCAGAGCCUCGUCAGGUCGCAGCAGAACCCAUACCACCAUCUACACGACCAACAGAGUACCCAUCAGAUGAGGAAGAAGUCCCACCACCAAGGCCGACCAGGCCAACCGAGAUCGCACAACCGGAUAUAGAAGACCGCAGUGGCGGUACCGAGAGUGAAUCUUCAUUUUUUCAUACCUGGGAUGUCUCUGAAGUCGACGGCAGAAAGAAACAUAAAGCAAAACUGGCAAUCGGAAGAAACUCAAUUUUCUUUACGCCAUCAAAAGGAACCCCACAACAGUGGCCCAUUAAUGACCUCAAGUCCUAUGAUAAUGAGAAAAAGCACAUUUUCUUGGAAUUUUCGAAUCCUUACGUUAAUCUCGAACUACAUACAGGGUCCUCCACUGUGGCCGAUGAGAUCAUGACUAUUCUAGGCGAGUUAAAAGGCGUGUACCAUGCCAGCGGGUUACGUGAAGUAGAGGCGGCAACAAAAGCGCCUGCAAAAAAGUCUCAUAGAAAGCAAGGUAAAGUGGUCUACGAUUUUAUUGGUGAAUCCAACGACGAGUUGACUGUCAAGGAGGGCCAGGUCGUUUACAUUUUAGACGAUAAGAAAUCACCAGACUGGUGGAUGUGCGAAUCUACCGAAAAUGGGCGUAAGGGUGUCAUACCAGCGCAGUUUGUGGAACCUAUAAAUCAGCUUUCAUACAUGGCAAGUUCUUUGAAAUCCUUGGGCAGAUCCAGCAAUAAAGGUACUUCCGAGCCUUCGCCAUCUAAAAACUGGAAAGACGACGCAGAACAGCACACAUCCAAAAAGAAUGCAAGGAAAAGAGCUUCUUCCAUUCUGUCCCGCGGCAAGAAGCAUGACGAUGAUUCGCGGUCUUCCAACAAAAAGCAAAAGGACUAUCCUGAUUCCAGUAAAACAAGAAUAUGGGUAGACAGGAGUGGUACUUUCAAAGUUGAGGCGGAGUUCAUCGCUUGUGUCGAGGGAAAAGUUCAUCUACACAAAGCAAACGGUGUGAAGAUCGCCGUAGCAGCCGACAAACUUUGUUUAGAGGAUCUAGAACGUGUUGAGCGGAUGACUGGUACAUCUCUAGACAAGUACAAGCCUAAAAAUCCAAACAGCGGCUCUUCCGCGAGGGAGAAGGAACGUGAGAGAAGAAAAAGAAUAAAAGAACAUGAGGAACGCGAAAGGGAACGUGAAGAAAGAGAAAGAGAUCGCAGGCUAAGAGAAAAAGAACUGGAGGAAUUGCGCGAAGCCCGUGAUUUGCUCGACAAAGAAAGGGAUCUUCUACGUGCGAGACAAGAGAGGGAUCUUCCUCCCAUCAAACCCCCGCGUCCAACCAACGACGCGCACCCGUCUGCUUCUCCGGCAACAACGAAAAGCUUUAACAAACCGGUCGAGUACGACUGGUUCGAGUUUUUCUUAAAUUGCGGUGUUGAUGUGAAUAACUGCCAGCGGUACACUAUCAAUUUCGAACGUGAACAGAUUUCGGAGGAAACUUUACCCGACGUUCAGCCUUCUGUCUUACGGACUUUGGGUCUGCGCGAAGGUGACAUUAUAAGAGUGAUGAAAUACUUAGAUCAGAAGUUCGGUAGAGAGAACACUCAACACCAGACUUCCACUGGUGGAUUGUUUUCUGAGCCAGAUGGAUCCCUUAAAGUCUCUAAUGAUGGGAGAGCAUCUGGAUCGCUACCAGAGAAAUUGCUCCCUCAAGCCUCGUCCGCAGAUCAAAGGAUAAGCACUCAAGAUGAUGAUGCUUGGACUGUGAGGCCAGCGGCAACUUCAGAAGCUGCAUUGCCACCUCAAAAGUCAGAGUUUACUGGAUCCAUGCAAGAUCUUCUCGAUCUGCAACCUUUAGAGCCUAAAAAGGCACCACAACCGAUUCUAAAAGAUUUGGAGCCUGUUAAAACAGGGUCUUCGAGAGCUGAGCCAGGUUUGGUACCAGAAAAAACCGGACAGUCGUUGGCUCCUUUAGAUCCAUUCAAAACGGGCGGUCAUAACCUCAUUCCGAUGGUGACUGGAGGAUUCGUUAUGGUCCCGGUCAGCACAGGGGGCUUAUUGCCUCUUAACAGAACUGGUGGAAUGAUUCCACAAACAACUUUUGGAAUGCAAGCGCCCGGAACUAUCUUACCAGUGCAAAAGACAGGAAGCGGGCUAAUCCCUGCUUACACUGGAGGGCUCUUGCCACAGACGACUUUUGGCAUGCAAGGAUCUAAUAGCAUAAUGCCCUUGCAAAGAACAGGCGGUGCUCUUCCCUUAUCGCAGACGCAGAUGACGGGUGGGCUUUUACCACAAACGACAUUCGGAAUGCAGGGAAUUAAUAACACAGUGCCUCUUCAAAGGACCGGCGGAGCUCUCUCUCUACAGCAGUCCCAGCUAACUGGAGGUAACCUCGGACUAAUAAGUGGUCAGUCUCAAAUGCCAUCAACGUCAUUCGGAAUGCACACGACAGGUGGAAUGCUGCCCUCGGCAACUGGUGGAAAUGUUUUACCAAUGCAAAGAACAGGAGGACUCACGUCUUUCGGAACAGGGGGACUGCAUCUUCAAUCGGCUCUUCCCCAGACAAGUUUUGGAGGUCAAAUUACUGGCGGUGGUUUCAAUGUACCAUCACAGCCUGGCUUUUCGAACAAUUUCACUGGAGGGCCUGCCUUGGCGCCUGCCACAACCUUCGGCAACCAGAUGACGGGUGGCGGAAAUAUGAUGCCCCCAACAUCUUUUGGAAGUCAUACUACAGGAGGGAUGCAAAAUUCUUUCAAUGGCUCGAUGAGCACGGGAGGUGCAAAUAACUUUGGUCAAAACAUGACGGGUUUACCUCAAAACACUUUCAGUGUCCAGAGAACUGGCGGAUUUCAGGCGGCAGGACAGCCCUCUCUCCCCACAAAUCCUACCGGAGGAUUCCAACCCCAAUCACAAUUCGGGAUGGGAUUGCAAAGGACCGGAGGGGUAUCAUCGUUGCCUCAAACUUCCUUUACUACUGGUAGUGCGUUGCAGCCACCCUUAGGAAAUUCCUUCACUGGUGGAAUGAAUCAGCUUAACAACGCAUUCCAAAACACUUCCAUCUCGCAACCCGUACUGCAGUCUCAGCCCACUGGUUUCGGUUUUGGGAAUGGUCCACAAACUCAACAACGUGCAGCUAAUAUGUAUAACGCCACGGCCGAUAAUCCAUUUGGCUUUUGA